AUGGCAGUCUGCACGUCGCAGCUGGGUCUGACGAGCCAGCAUUCAAUCUUGACGGCUGCCGGCAGUUUAGACGGUUUUCAAGGCAAUCUCCACGCAUUCACGACCCCCCACAACCCGUCAUUACUCGUCAGAAAGCCACGUGUCGUUUGCUCGUUGGGUCCUAAAAUCGAAAAGUCCGGGUUUGGGUUUAACGCGGUGACGCGUGGCGGGAGGCCGAGCACGGCUUGCAGAGCGGAUAAAAAGGACGCGGCGAGAAAGGCGUUAGAGGAUGCUUUAUCAGGCAAGAAGGACCUUCUGAACAACGGCGGAGGGGAUGAGCGGUGGGAGGAGACGAAGCAGGUUCUGUUCGCAAUUGGUGGCAUUCUUGGCAUUUACCUGCUGUUCACACAAGGCCUUCGCAUCGUGGCCUUCGUAAUCAACUGCAUUCUUUUCGUGCUUCGGGGCUUUAAGGGGCCGCGUUCGCAGCAACAGGAGAUCUACACCCCCCGUGCUGCCACAGCUGGUGCUGCUGCGGGCGAUGGUGGGGAUGUGGGUGAAGCAGGGAAGAGGGAGGAGAGCGUGCGGCAGAAGUGGGGGGGAGACGAAUGA